AUGUCCAGGAUCAGAUUAUCAGAAAUACCCCAAGAAAUUAUCCUAGAGAUAUACAAGAAUCUGGAGACUCCCCAAGACCGAUUGAAUCUUGUAUGCUGUUCGCGACUCUUUUAUGACUUGUGUCUGCCGUUGCUCUAUCAGAAGUUGCGCACUGGCGGCAAGGAUCUUGUUCCAAUUGCUCGAGUUGUCCGUACCCUUGUUGAAAAGCCGUCUCUUGCGGCACGAGUUCGCACUUUGCAUAUUUUUGAUUGGACGAGGUAUGUUGGAUUCAAUUGUCCGGAAUUUGACCAGGCGCUCGAUUCAUUCAGAGAGGAGCGUGAUAUGAAGAGGGAACAGGGGGCGGCCAACCAGGAGGAGGUCAAAGGAGGUGAUGGAAAUGAGGAUGAAGAUGCUGGCGAUGAGCAUACUGGGAAUGACGAUAUUUGUGAUGACAGUUCUGGGGAUGUCGAUUUUGGGGGUGAUGGUGAUGAUGGUGAUAAUGCCUCGGAUGAUGACAGUACCUACUUGAAAACAUUCGACUAUGGUCCGCUGCGUGAACAGGCAAUGCUUGUGACCCGUUCUGAGGAUGCGUCAAACUACUGGAUGGAUGAAAUUACCAUCGGAGACGCCGAUGGAUGGGUCGCGUUGCUGCUAACCCUUGUGCCUAAUAUUCAGCGACUUGAGAUUGAAUUUCCCUGUGGGUCGUUUUGGGUUCGCUGGGUGCUGAAAUGGGCAAUAGCUAGACGUCUCGAUUCUAUCCCGGCUUUCAAGUCACUCUCUGAGGUUUAUGUUGACUGGGACAGAGAAGACGUGCAAGCUUGUUGCAGGAAUAUAAUACCUUUCUUUCUGCUGCCCUCAAUGCGCCGGUUUUACGCAAGUAAGCUUUUUGCUGAGCUUGCAUCGUUUGAGGACUACUGGCCGAAUGAAGAUGAUUUAACCGAGGUUGCUCGAUUUUCUCCUGUUACACAUAUUGAGAUUGAUGAGAGCGAUGGGCAAUGGGGCAUGUGGAAGGUGGUGGGUAUUUGCAAGAACCUCCAGUCCUUCAAAUACAAUCACAGUGGCUGCGCGGGCUUCGAUCCAGGUGGUUUCUAUAAGGAGCUUUUCCCAUUUAGAGAGACUCUUGAGACGAUAUGGCUCGAUAUUAAGGAAAGCUCUCGUGAAAACUGUACGGAGGACUCACACCAUUGCCACGAGCCAUUCCCUUCCUUCAAGGAUUUCACAUCUUUAAGAACGCUCCAUCUCCGAAUGAAGAACUUGCCUGGGCUGAACAUCCAAUCUGGGGAUGAUCAUGCUAGCAUGUCAUUUGCCGAAGCCCUUCCAUCUUCACUGGAGACUUUACAAAUCGCCGAUAUUGGAAGCUUAGUUAACCUUCAGGUACUUGUCCAGAAGUUACAGGAUCAUGUUGAAUAUGCCUUGGAUUUCACUCCGGCAUUGAAAGACAUUGCUAUUGAACCUUUGCGAGACUCACCGCGAAUGCCAGAACUUCUUGUGAAGCUGAAUAGAGCCUGCACAAAGGUAAAUAUCAAUUUCCAUGUAUGUGAUAUACAUGAUGAGCGAGUCAACUGGGGUGCUGAAGGAUUCGCACCGCGGUUUUUGUGA